AUGGCAGAGGCGAGCGACGUCGCAGGGAUGUCUCAGGCGACGAGUGAGGGGAGUCGCAUGAAGGUGCUCUUCGUCGAGAUGGGUGUGGGAUACGACCAGCACGGGUGUGUCGUCGUAUUCCAUGCAUGGACGUGUGCGUUUCUUCCAUGCGCUACUGCUCUCCUUUCCACCCCCAGGUGCCAUCCCAGGUGUAUCGUGGCAGCAGAUGAAGCUUCAGCCAUGGCUACUCUCGCUGUCUCUACCUCUGCUGCAGCUAGCUCCGCAGCGCUACGAGCGCGCAGCCUUCAGGCUAACCAUCGCCGCGCUCUCGCCAACCCGUCCCUCGUCGCCGUGCGUCUCCCAGCACACAGAGGAUCCACAUCCCUCUCCACACCUGCCAACCUUACUGCACCCACGCGUCUAGCCAUCCGCGCGGACUCCACAAAUCCCUCCACGCCCGAGCCUGCCACCUCUCCCGCACCUCCCGCCAGCCCCGGAUUCGGGCUCGGAGGUCCGGGGACGUGGUUCGGAUUCGGAUCGCUGCAGGAGCUCAGCGUGGGUCGCCUCGCUAUGGUCGGCUUCGCAAGCGCGCUUACGAUGGAAGUCAUCACAGGCAAGGGCGUGUUCGGUCAACUCGGAAUCGACCCCCUCGCGAUCCGCUUCCCGUUCCUCGCGGGACUCACGUUUCUGCUUUUAGGAGGGCUUCUCGGCGGCUGGGUGGUUAUUAACAACCCGCCGGAUGUUUCUAAGGCGCCGCCGAAUGCGGGCGCGGGCGUGCCGCGCGAUCCGUUCAGCAAAAGCGCGCUCGACCCGCUGUUGACAUACACGCGCGGGGUGGAGGUGGAGGGGGAGGAUGGCAAGCCCGUGGUUCUUCCAAUUGCGUCCGACCUGAAGCCGCUUGAUAAAUAA